CAAGAAACUGCAUAAAUAUGUCACAGGUGCAAGACAAAAUAAUAAUCUUCGUUUUCUACCCUCACAAUAACUCUUUACUUUCUUCUUCUUCUUCUUCUCAUCUGUGUUCGUGUGUGAACUUUUGAGUUCAGAGCCACAACUUUGGAUUUGAAUCUGCAAAAUCUGACUGAUUUUCAGGUGAUUUGCAAAAAGAUGAGUGUUAUGUAUAGUCCUGUUUUCAAGUACUCAGAUGUAGAGCUUCAGAUAAGGAAAAACCAAGAAAUGGAUUCAAGUAUUGGAAAUCCACAACAACACUGUCACCAACCCAAUUCUGGAUUACUUAAGUAUUGUUCUGCUCCAAGUUCAUUGCUGGCAAGCCUUGUCGACAACAACAUUCUUGACUGUGUCAACGAGGAAUCUUUCACAAGUGAGAUUCAUCAGCAUUAUGCUCCAUCCACAAGUUCAGAAAUGAACACCAUGUUGUCCAACAAUGGAUGGAACAAUUCAGAAGCUUUGCAAGAAUUUGGAAGCAAGCCUGUGAAGCAGGAAAUUGGGGAAUCUGUUCCACAAGGACCACCACAACAGAAUGAAUAUUCUUAUGGUGACUCUCAGUUAAUUUACCAAUCAGAGCAAAUUCAAGGCUUGUCAAAUGCUUCUUCCAGUGCUUCUUAUGGUGGCUCUUUUGGUGUAUUGAACUCCAUGGCCUCUGAGAAUCCCCUUCAAUCUAAAAUGGGUGCCAGGAAUUGCUCCAAUCUUUUCAGGCAAAAGAGUUCCCCUGCUGGAUUUUUUUCCAUUGAAAAUGAUCUUGCAGCAUUGAGAGAAGUAGGUGGUUUUAAAGGCAAUGAUGUUUCAAAUAGACAGGCUAUUACAUCUACCAGUGGCUUGAGUAGUUCUCUUGCUUUCUCAUCUAGGCCAUCUUCAGGCCUGAAACAGAUGCCACAAAUUGCUGAAGAUGGAAAAGAAAGUCUUCAAGAAAAUUGUGACCAAAGUAGGAUCCUAGUUAAUGAAGAUGGUGACUCAAAGUUCUACAUACCUAGCUUCACCACUGAUAUCUGGGAAACUUCUUCAUUCAAUGCCCCCAAAACAGAAAGUGAUGAUGAAAUCAUGUUUUCCACUUCAAAUGGCUUGGAAUCUCAGGAAUCAGAUUUUAGCUAUCAGAAUCUUGGUCUGACCCACCAUUUGAGCCUACCUACCUCUUCUACUAAGAUGUCAUCAUCCAUAGAGAAGUUUCUUGAAGUUCAAGGUUCUGUUCCUUGUAAAAUUCGAGCCAAAAGAGGCUUUGCCACUCACCCAAGAAGCAUUGCAGAGAGGGUAAGAAGAACAAGAAUCAGUGAAAGAAUCAAGAAACUGCAAGACCUUUUCCCAAAAUCAGAAAAGCAAACAAGCACAGCAGAUAUGUUAGAUUUGGCAGUGGAGUACAUUAAGGACCUUCGGCAACAAGUCAAGGUACUCUCAGAUUGUAAGGCAAAGUGCAAAUGUACAAGUACCGAGAACCAUUGCACAAGAACUUGUGCCUGAUUUAUAUACAUGUAGAUAGAAAAGUUAUGGAGAAUUUUUUAGUGUGCCAGAGUUAGCCAUUGUAAUUAUAUAAAAUAAUGAUGACAUUUGCCUGGUGUAAGUUUAGAUCCAGGUGAAUAUUUUUCACUUUUGAUUUUCAUUUCUUUUCCUCCUUAAUUUCCUCUCCUUUGUAGUUUGAUUUAGAGCCAUAAAGUCCUACACCAUGUUUUGGCAGAAAUCUUGCACCUCUUCAUUUUUACCUAUAAAAUGUUUUAUUGGAUUACUGAUCCAGUUAUGCAAUGUAACACAAACUUCAAUAUAAUGUUUAAUACUGAAUUUUAUGUGGA